AGACAUUUAGCUUUUUUUCAGUUCUUAGCAAGUUUCCACCCUCUCUUGUAGGCUGUGAGCUCCCUAAAAGUAGGCCCUUCUCAAAUAUAAAUAUGGUCGUUUAAAUUUUUGGGGAAAAUGUUAUUUUAAAGCUUUGGUCUUGAAUGCUAAGACAUUUUGCGAAGCUACUGACACGUCAGGGCUUCAGGACUAUGGCUACAAAAGAAACAGGGCAUUUGAAAUGCGCUACAUUUAAUAUUCUUGCUCCGUGUUAUAAAGUUGUCGAGUGAGUACGGUAUUAAUUUACAACUGUCAAGUAAUUUUAUACGUGCUACAAUUUUAUAGCAUAUUUGUAGUUUUGAUACAAUACUUGCAAUAUUUAGCCACGUCAUAUUUAAAUGGCAAGAUAAAAGUACGUGUUUUUAUGAACACAUUUUAUACCGGUAUUUGCAGAUAUAUACAUCGAUAUUGUUGUUUCCUGCGUCACAAUCAAAACUGCUCAAGAAUUGUAUUUAUUUUGCAAUGUUUUGCUUUAUGAUUGUGGGACAGUGUUAAAGGAUAUAUUGACAGGAUCUAAUAAGUUGCAAUUCGCAGCAUAGAUACCAAGCAAACUCCAAAGAUAGUAUAAAUACAACUAGUUACCCUAAUCCCUUGACAAGUAAAGUCAUCUGGCAUUAGACAGAGUAAAAUAACAAAGUAAGGCUCACUGGGCAUGUCCAAAACCUAUCUGGAGUUAGACAGGGUAAAAUAACAAGAUAGAGUGCACAGCGGCUUAAUGGGUUAACAAUAGUGUGGUUAACCAAUGCUAAUAGUGUAUCUGGAGUGACUUUCUGUAUACAUAUAUACCCUAGUACCAAAAGUCACCCCUAACAUAGUAUUAGCUUGAGCUAGCAAAGCAAAUGAUCAAAUAAUGUAGAUAUAUUCACCUUCUGUAGCAAGUGUCAGUGGACUUUAUGGUAUACAAAAGAAAGUUCGCAUCCAGAACACUACAUUCCUCGUUAUGAGGCAAUUAUGCAAUUACUGCAGUCCAAGGAAGUUGAUGCAAAUGUGGUCUGUUUCCAAGAGUUUUGGUUCAAGGAUGUUGUUUUUAACUUAUUUCGAGAAAAGCUUGGUCACAGGUGUGUAUAGUAUUGUGGGCCAGCAGAUGGCGGUCAACUUUGGAAGUAUUUUAACUUAUAGGAAUUUGUAUUUUGUACUUUAGGUAUGAAAUUAUUCAACUAAAGCGUCCUGGUUUUAAAUCUGAUGGUCUUGUCAUGCUGGUUGAUAAAAGUUACAAGUAAAGUGAUCCUAUUAUAAACACGUAAAGUUAUAUUAACUUAUUGAGUGGUAUAAUAUAUAAAGCACUCUCACCUUGACGAAUAAAAUCGCCUGGUGUUAGACAGAGUAAAAUAAUAAAGUAAGGUGCAUUGGGGCACUUUGCCAGUUAAAUUAAAGUAACACACCCUUUAAAUAUUUAUUAAGGUUCUCUAAUGCCAGACAAUUUUGCUUGUCAUUGACCAGACUCUGGUAUGUUAAUAAUUUACUUUCAUUGCUAGGGUUAAAUACGUAGAAAACAUUACAUUCAACGACGCUGCACAUAGGGUUGGGUUAUUGGUUCAUAUGGAACUGCCUUCAAAAUAUGAGGUUAGUUUGUCAUUCAUUGUUUGUCGUUCUGUCAUGUCAUCAAAUGUACUUGGGGUCAAUUUCCAUCUUAACCUCAAUCCUUGUCAUUUCAUCCUAUGCUUCACCUGUCUUUAUAUAGGUUAUUGUAGUAACAUCGCAUUUAGCAUAUGGAAAUAGCUAUUGGGACCAAUAUCUGCGACUGGUAAGUUGUCUUAUACUAAACCAUCAAGCUCGCAGUACUGCAAAACCCUACCUUAUGACCAUUAUGUGUAUAUCUAGUCGUCACCUUUUUGUUUAUUUUUGUGUUAUUUUAUUUAGACUGAAGCAAAGAAAUUAAUGGAUGCUAUUGAAAAUUAUUCACGAAGGUAAAGGAACUUGUUGUUGGUUUCUGCUUACAUGUCAAUGCAAUGCACCCUGCUGGAAAGUAAUAUGUCACUUGGCUAUAUGGCCUCGUUUUCAUGACUGUGAUGUUGGUACUAAUCUCACACACACACAAAAAUGAGGCUCUAUAGCCAACGUUGUGUAUUUUCUGGAAAGUGUACGUAUCAUAUUAUUUCCUUAGGUAUCGCAAUGUGCCAGUGAUAUUGGCAGGUGAUAUAAAUGGCCCUGAAGACAGCCCUGUAUGCGAGUGUAUUUUUGAAGAAGACUUUGAAUCUGCUCAUAAAACUGUCCAUGGUCGAGAACCAAAGGUCACUCAUAAAGACCACUCUGAAAAUUGCACUGCUGUCGACUUCAUAUUUUAUCGGUAAGCUACAUGCAGUUAAGUACGGUAUUCUUGUCAUUGGGCGAUUAAGACGUAUUAUUAAUUCGCUUAACUGCUUCAUUUUAUUGCAUUUUAGAGGUUCCUCAAAAUGUAUUGUUAAACCUACAGACUCAAAACUAUUUCCUACAGAAUAUGGACAUGAGGUAUGGUGAAGUUGUGAACUGUUGUUUAUUUACAAAUGGUAACAUAAUGGGUCAGGUCUAGUUUGGUUAAGCUGCAAUGACCCAAAUGUACCUGACAUUAUUAUUUUACUGUACUCUGUCUAAUGCCAGAUGAUUUUACUUGUCAGGGGAGCCUUGCACACUAUAAUGGGGUUAACCAAACUAUCUGUUGAAAUGUGCUCAAGUGUACCCAACUUUGGUAUUUUAUGAUAACACCAGACAAUUUUACUCCUCAAGACGAUUUUACAGUCUUUCACAUUAAUGACAUAAUUUAACUAUCUCACUGUUUUGUCUACAGGAGUGGCCAGCAGAAUUUACCCUUUCUGAUCACAGAUUACUUACUGCUGAAUUUGAUCUAGUUGAAAAGACAACUGAAUAGAUUUAAUACUUAAAUAGCUCAAUGUUGAUAUUCUGCUUCAAUUACUAACUGGAUAUUAAUAUAUUAAUAUUAAUAGUGUAAUAUUCAAUUUUCAAAAUUGAGGGCAAUGGUGUCAAAAUAAUAUAGUGAAUACUGUAAAUGUAACAUCAUAACCAAGGCUUGAAAUAACAGCUGAUCACCAAGAAAAUAAGAAAUUGUUUAUGAUCGGUGAAAAAGCAGGGUGUUUUCCAAUCAGAAAAAGCAAGGAAAAUCAUGACUGCCAAUCACCAUGAUCAGAACUUUAGGAAUGUUAUGUCAAGCCUUGAUCAUAAUUAUAUACCUUGUUGCUGUAAUAUAGUAAAAUGCAGAGUUUCAAUUCAAAUAUUGCACUUUUGUUCAUUAGCUAAUUACGCCUACAUUACAUCUGUGCACCUCUUGCAUCCACUAGCUGACCUGUAGCAAACAUUUGAUUAGAAUAAAAUAAAAUGGAAACUUAUUAUUCCACCUACUUUGUAGCUGCUUGUUUUGAGUUGUUUUCAACAUGCAUGAGCUCAACUGCUAUAGGUCAUUUCUGAAUUACAGUAGAAUGGAUGCAAAGUUAUGUUUCUACUGAUAGUAAAUUUACCACUACCCUGGUUGCCAGAGGUUCUAUAUACGAGCGGGAAUAAGGCGAAAGAUACAGAACCUCUGGCAACCAGGAUAAUUUACCACAAAACCACAACAUGGAUUUUACAAAUAGACAUAAUUUGGAAAUGACCUAUUGAUCUAUGCCAUAAUCCAGAAUUUUAAAAAGAUUGUUAUAAUUUAAUUUUUGGUCUAAUAUACUGUAUCAUAAGCCUAAUAAUUAAGCAUUAUACACCUCCUUUAUAUAUAUACAUCUGUCUGAAUGUAUCUGGGUUUCAUCAUGGUCAAUAGAAUAAGGUUAGGGAACUCGAUGCAAACAUAAUACAGUAGACCUCAAUAUCUCUGUUUUUGUCUCGGUCUUUGCAAAAAAUGGUCGAUAUUCAUCGUCACAAGUGGGGGUUUUUCCUGCCUAACCAACCAAUAGCAGUGUGUUGGUUUAAAUACCCAGUCGUGAUACACACGCAAAAAUCUCACAUCUUGUAAAAAGUCUGCCAACAAGAUGUAUUCGCACUGCUUGUCACAAGUUGUCAACAGGUUUGGAACAAGCUGUUAACAACUUGUAACAACCUUGUUGAUAUUAUCAGACUUGUUACAAGGUUGUUCCAACAAGUCCGAUACAGUCAUGAUAUAGCAGUAUUGUUACAACCUUGUAUCAUCAACCUUGUAACAUUCUUGUUAUAUCAUGGUUGUAACAAACUUGUUAGCACAGUCUUGUAACAAGGCUGAUAAUGCCAUCAAGCUUGUUACAAGUUGUUAACAGCUUGUUUCAAACUUGUCACAACAAACUGGGAACAAGCAGUGCGAACACAACUUGUUGACAGCUUGUGAACAGACUUGUUUGCGGACUUGUUACAAGCUGUGCGUUUUUACGUGUGUUUACACAAUGGUUAAAUGAAAACAGCUAUUGGUUGAUGAACCGACCAUUUCUUUUAUAAACCAAGACAAUAACAGAUAAUGAGGUCUAUAUGUCUGCAUCAAGUUCCCUAACAUUCUCAGUUCUCAUUCUAUUGACUACGGUUUCAUCAAGCAUUAGUAUGGUGCAGAUGGUGGUCAACCAGUCAUAGUAAGAAACUAUAUUUCAUUGUACGUUGUAGCGUUGUACAUAUUUGGAAGCCAAUACAUGUAAUCGAUAGACAGUUUUGACGUUUGACCAACCAUCUGCAGCUAAGGUAAUGGUCAAUGAAACCCACUAAUAUCAGACUGGAAUUGUAAGAAUAUAUCAUAUAUAUCUUUCAAUCAAAUUCAAUUAAUUGUCCAACCUCCACAUGUGGAGUUGAGUCUAUCGAUACCUCGGUAGUGUCUGUAUUUUCAACAGAUGAAUUUCUUUGUUCUUCUUUAACAUUUUCUGGUUC